AUGUUCAGUUCUUGGGGAGGUUGCCUUUUUGUAAAUGGCCUCAUCCUGAUUCAGGAAGGGCCAGAGGCAUUGCCAUGGAGUGAACUAUAAAAGCUCUACAUCAGAAGUAGUGGUGGGGAAAAUGAUGAUGAGUCCGACCAGAACUGGAAACCACCAGAAAACAACCUGAUCCAGAAGUUACUAGCACAGAUUGAGUAUUACUUCUCAGAUGAGAACCUUGAGAAAGAUGCCUUCCUUCUAAAGCAUGUGAGAAGAAAUAAGAUGGGCUAUGUCAGUGUUAAACUCCUCACUUCUUUUAAGAAGGUGAAACACCUUACCCGUGACUGGAGAACCACGGCCUAUGCACUGAAGUUCUCGGACAUGCUUGAGCUCGAUGACGACAACAGAAAGGUUAGAAGAAAUACUCCAGUUCCAGUGUUUCCAAGUGAAAACCUCCCUACCAGGAUGUUACUGGUGUACGAUAUCCACCUGGUUUCUGAGCUGCAGGCUCUUAACAAACAAAAAGAAAACGGAUGCAUGCAAGAAGGGGUAAUGGAGCAUCUCCUCAAAACCUUUGUAACUUUCGGUGUAAUAUCAUCAGUUCGUAUUCUCAAGCCUGGCAGGGAUCUACCACCUGAUAUCAGGAGGGUCAGCAAUCGGUACACCCAACUGGGAACUCAGGAAUGUGCAAUUAUAGAAUUUGAAGAAGUAGAUGCUGCCAUACGUGCUCAUGACUUCAUGUGUGCUGAAAAGAAAGAGACGGGCAUGAAAGUUGUCCUAAUAGGCAUGAAACCUCCCAAGAAAAAAGUUGCCAAAGACAAGAACCACGAUGAAGAUACCAGCAAGAGCCUUAAGAAGGCUAGAUCCCUUAAUAAGAGAGUUGAGGAACUUCAGUUUGUUGGUGAUGAAUCUUCGGCAAAUAGCUCUUCUGACCCAGACAGUAGUCCUACAUCACCAUCGUCAGGACGCAGAAGUGCCGCCACAAAUACUGUCAGUAAUUUGAGCCCUGUCAUUCACCCAGCCAACCACUUGAGUCCUAAUGUGUCACCCAGAUCAAGUCCCUGGAACAGUCCAUCUUCACUAAGAAAAGUCACCAAGAAGUCUCCACUGGCUGAAGGCAACAAGCUUAACCCAAGCACCAGCCCUGACGUUCCAAGGAAAUGUACAGAUUAUUCCUCGGAUAGCAGUAUCACUCCUUCUGGUAGCCCCUGGGUGCAAAGAAGAAAAGCUCAAACUGUAACACAAGAAAAGAGUCCUGUCGGUAGCCCCGUGUUGGCUCAGAAAAUACAAAAUGCAGAUGGUCUACCUGUAGGGGUGCUGCGGCUGCCUAAAGGUCCUGACGGCACUAAGGGCUUCCACAACAGAUGUGAAAGGAGAAGGGCUACAAAGAACGAAUAA